AUAGCAUCAUCGAUUGUUUGUCACCACUACGCCGGCUUCUUCUUGCUGUCUCUUUAAACAAAAAAGAAAGAAAUUCGGUUUUUCUGUGCAAAAACACGAGUGAGUGACGCGUGAAUACCCAGCUACAUAAUAAACUAAUCCAAAAGAAUCCACAGAAUCACAAUGUCUGACGAAUCAUUCUAUGGUGUUACAUUGAGCGGCGAAGGCAGCAAAGUUGAAUGGGAAGUUUUGUCCAACGAUAUAGAUUUCCCCCGCGGCCAAAAAUUAAUUGUCAGACAAAUUCUUUUGGGUGCUGAAGCCAAAGAGGGUGAAUUCAAUGUUGUCGAGGUCCAUACCAUUAAAGACAAUUUGAAAAUUCCCAUUGCCGUUUUAAAAGCUGGUGAAACUCGCGCCGUCAAUCCCGAUAUUGAAUUCUAUGAAACAUCUGCCGUCUUCAAACUGAUCAAGGGUAAUGGUCCCGUUUACAUUCAUGGCCAAAACAUCAAAGAUGAAGUCGAAGUUGUAGAUAUGGAUGAUGAUGAGUCUGACGAAGAGGAGGAUGGCGAAGAGGAAGAAGAUGAGGCACAACCCCAAAAGAAGAAGCAAAAAGUGGAGAAUAAUGCCGAUGGCAAAAAUGCCAAAAAUAAGAAGAAAUAAAUCAGAUUAGAAUACAAAAACUACCUCUCUUCUUUUUAUAAAGCAACAACAACUCAGUUAGUAGGUAACCGAUUUAUAAAAAGAUGAUAAAAAACAACAACAACACUCCUAACCCGGGGGGUUUGUUAGCAGCGCAGAUGUGAUUGCAAACCUACACCUCCUCCAAACUACAACAAGAACACAUUAAGCAACUCUCUAUUUUUAAGACAAAAUCAAAUUGGACGGACAUCUUAAUACUGACCCUUUACUCGUGCAUUUCAAAUCAACACAAAGACAAACUAUAACAAUAACAAUAAAAUUUCCUCCCAAACCCGAAUGCAUGGGCGUAAGGUGUGAACAGUUUUUGAUGGUGCCCGCUAGCAGUUCCUUUGUUCCUGUUUUAUUCUCUUAAAUCCUUUUCCAAAUUUCUUGAUUAUUUCAAAACAAAACAAUGUUUUUAUGUUAGGCAUACUCUUUUUUAAAUUUUACUACAAUAUACAACAAUUGUAAACAAAAUUUUGGACAGAAAACCGCUUUAACGGUUUUGGAAAAUUCUUUUGAAAUUUUCUUAAAGAACAACAACAAAAAAAAAAAAAACAACCCCAGUUACUUAACUCCAACAUCUUCUUAAGCAACAGUAACCAAUCAACAAUAAUACAAGACAAAAUAAUUGUUAACAAACAAAAAACCAACAACAACAACUAACAUAACUAUAUUCAGGUAUUCAUUCAUUCAUUGAAAUGUUAGCAAAAGCCGAAAGUGUAAAAUUCAUGAUGAGAUAUGUAUGUGUGUCGUUGGUGCCACCCUUGAUAAAUUUGUGUGGUGCUAUGUUUCAUGCACACGCCGAUUCGCUAGACAUUUUUAUAUACACCACAAAAACAAUACAACAAAAACA